AUGGCAUCGAAAGUAGCCCCUACGCGCAUUAAUCCUUCAAGCAAACCCGCUUCAGCCGCUGGUCUUCCAAAUCAAACCCUCUAUUGUGCCAAUCUUCCGGAUAAGCUUCCCAAAUAUGACCUACGCCUCUCUCUCUAUAUGCUUUUCUCCACCUACGGUACGGUUCUAGAUGUCGUGGCUAUGAAAACAAAAAGGAUGCGCGGCCAAGCCCAUAUUGUAUUCAAAGACGUCCAAGCAAGUACUCAAGCAAUGCGCGCUCUUCAGGGGUUUGAAUUCUUUGGGAAACAGUUGAAAAUUGUCUAUGCUAAAGGUACAUCGGAUGUGAUUGCUAAGCUCCGUGGGGCCUACAAUGUUUCGACUGUUGCUGCACCAGCUGGAGGUGCCUCAACAGAUCUUCAGAAGUCCAUCUUCAGCGGGCCUCCUGGUUCAACCACAUUACCCUCAAGACCCACUGGGGAAACGAAUGGGGAGGCUACAUCUCAGGGAGUCAAACGGCCCCGUGAGGAGGAAAGUGACGAAGGAGAAGCCCCAAUGGACGAGGAAAGUGAUGUGCCCAUGGAAGAUUCGUCGGACGAAGAUUAA